AACCGUAGCAGAAGACAUCUGGGAAACGUCAGUCAGCUGAUCACAUCAAUGAAAACAAAAUAAACAUAUUUUUGCAUUGCUAAUCAUUUUCACAAAUUGAAAAAUAUUAAGACACCUUGGAUAAAUUUGCGGCGCUAAUACCAAGAAUCUGUAUAAAAUGACGGAUAACAAUCCCUUCCUCGCAUUAUUCAGCAAAGAAGUUGGAAACCCUAACGUAACGUCGGUUUCAGAUGCACCAAGACAAGAUUGUCACAAUAUUCCUAAGCAAGAGAAUGGCAGGUUCAAUGAAUUUGCUGAAAAUGUGUUUAGGCUCACACUCAAACCUCAGCAAAUGAAAAAUUCCACAUUAUUCUAUAUGAAGGACUUGUCCAAAGCCUUAAAUCAAGAAUGUUUCGAUCAGACAGCACUGGACCAAGCUGUUCUCGAGUAUGCCGUUGGACUGCAGCAUUCGUUGGUUAAUUAUCUAUUCCAGUGUUAUGAGCGCUCUCUUACCCAUGGUGAUGAGCCAGAGAUUCAUGAUGUAAGAAAAACCAUCUUUGUCAACCUGGACUUGGCAUUCUCUCAACCAGAAUUGUUUCCUGAGCAAAAUCUGCAUGAAGAUUUUCUUCAACUGCUCGCCUUCUCCUCUGAAGACACCUCUACAUUUCUAGACAGUUUUGUACAACACCUUCUAGCACCCGAAAAUCCUGCCGGUGUUACAGAGGUGUUUUUACCUUUAUUUGCCAGCUUAAAAACCAAGCUGACCAACAUGCACCUGCUAAUGGGAAAUCAAAGUGAAUUGGACGCCAUGAUGGUCUUGAGCAAACAACCGACGCUGGCGAAAGACAUGGUUUCUAUUUCAAUUUUGAAUGAAAAUAUCAUAGGCAAAGUUGGGAAGCAAUGCGAGCAAACUCUACUGGGUUCCCUCUUCUUGUGCUCCUGCAUUCCACGCGUCCCAGGAACGCCUUCAGACUUUUUCGACCGACCUUCAAGAUCACCGCCCGGUGUUCACGCCACCACCGAAGGAAACAUUUGGUCUGCCUCAGAGCGCAUUAUGGACAAAGUUUAUAAAAUAUUCUAUAACUUGUUUAAAUCUUCACCGGAAGUUCAAAAUCUCACCCGAAAAUGGCUGGGGCAAGUAUUGGAGUUAAACAAGGCUCGUGGGCAAAUGUGGGCCCAGCAUGAUAUGACAGCACAGGUCCACUGCGUUUCCGACGGAUUCAUGACCAAUUUAGGUGCUGUGCUCCUUCAGCUCUGCCGGCCAUUCUGUUCUACCGACGACCCGAAAUCUUGCGAUCGUCUCAGUAAAAUUGACGCGACAUUUUGUACCGCCAAAGAGACCAAAGACAAUGGCGUGCACAUUGCUGAUCUGCACAAGGAAACGUGCCUCAUUACGCAGGAGAACCGACCUGCAGCCAAAAGCCUUCCUUAUUCAUUUUCCACUGAGCUGUUUUACAUGACCCACCGGGCCCUGGAGUUGGGCGCUAAAGCUGUUCACAGUCAAAUGCUGCAGAUGAGCCAGAAUUUCAAUCGCCUUCAAAGAGCUUACCAAGACGCCGAACAAAGUGGCCAAACUCCCGUAGCCCAGCAAAUCCAAGAACGAAUGGAUGUCAUGAUGUCCAGCUACCUUUGUUUUAAGGCGGUUUUGUUAGUACCUGAAUGGUUGAAAAUGCAGUUCGAAUUUAUCAUGGCCACAUCCAAGUGGCUGUGUGGUACAGCGUUGGGUGUCCAUCCGUCAAACGUGACGUCUUGUGACGUAAACAAGGAGCACUCGUCGGAAUUGUUGACUUGCAUUCCAGAAUUUUGUUUGUCCAACGUCAUGGACUUUGUUGUCUUUGUCAACCGCUUCUCUCCCGGCACGCUGGAUCGAGGCCAACUGGACGAUUUGCUGACUUUGAUUGUAGUUUUCAUGGGAUCGCCAAACAGGCUUAAAAAUCCGCACAUGAGAGCCGGAAUGGCUGAAAUGUUGGACGGUUUGAUGCCGCCGGAUCGAGGCCAUGCAGCUCCGCCCAGUUCGAGGACGGCUCUCUUCGUGAAACAUCCCCGUGCCAACGAUGUUGUCGGCACUCUUCUUCACGUUUUCGCUAGUAUUGAAAUGACUGGCCAAGGAGUGGCUUUCGAGCAGAAAUUCAACUAUAGGAGGCCCAUGUACGCGGCCAUGAAAUUCCUCUGGAGUUUGAAACUUCAUCAACGACAGUUCAAGGUGCUGGCAGCGGAAGCGGAAGCCAACAUGGAAGCCGCCCAACCGCCCUUGUUCCUUCAGUUUGUCAAUCUCCUCAUCAACGACGCCAUUUAUUUGCUGGACGAAGGACUGUCGUACAUGGCCCAGCUGAAAGAGCAGCAACAACAGAGGGAAGACGGUUCGUGGCCAAAUGUUCCAGCAGGUCCCCAGCGCCAUCAAAGGGAGGCCACCUAUCAGCACAUAACGAUGCUGGCCAGGUUCCACAAUUUGAUGGGUCGCGAAACGAUCCGCAUUCUUGAAAUGAUGACGACAGAAAUCAAGGGAGUCUUUGUCCAUUCAACAAUGGUCGACAGGGUAGCCUCAAUGCUCAACUACUUUCUCUUGCACUUGGUGGGGCCUAAAAAACGGGACUUUAAGGUCAAAGACGUUGGUGAUUACGAGUUCGAUCCUGCCGAAUUAGUUUCAUGCAUUUGUCAGAUUUAUUGCCAUUUGAGCUCGGUCGAUGUGUUUUGCACGGCCGUUUCACAAGACGGACGCUCGUAUAGUCCUCAGCUGUUUGGAUUGGCUGAGGAUGUGCUCAGCAGGAUCGGUCGAGGGGCCCUGAUUGGUGACUUGCAGCUGGUGGCUAAAAAAGUGUCUGAACUUGCGAGCGCCAAAGCCUCGGACGAAGAUUUGAUCAGUUCCGCACCGGACGAGUUCCUCGAUCCCAUCAUGUCGUCCAUUAUGAUGAAUCCAGUCAUUCUCCCUUCGUCACGAGUUACCGUCGAUCGAUCCACCAUCGCUAGACAUUUACUGAGCGAUCAAAGCGAUCCUUUCAACCGAUCCCCUCUGACUAUGGAAGACAUACUACCCGAUGAUGAGCUGAGAGAAAAGAUCCACAAGUGGAUAGCAGAAAUGAAGAAAAAGGCCGUUACUCCUGUUGAUCCUGCUUGAAAGAAUCUGAAAAUUGUUUCUUGUUUUGUGGGUUAUUCGUUUUUGUUUGUUGUGUGAAUAUUUGAAAAAUUUAGUAUAUUGGAAUCAGAUUUAUUUGUUUUCCGAUAGGUAAAUAAUUCAAGUGCAGGGUAUGGGGAAGGAAACAAGGCGUUCAUUUUCAUAUGAUAAGAAGGGCAGGACGUCAAACAUGAAUUAAAGUGUGAAUAAACCUUUUUCAUUAUUUA